AUGUUACUUUUACAAUCAAUAUUAGCAACUAUCACAGAAAAACAUGUACCAGGUUUUGAUAAUGAAUUAACACUGAUAGAGACAAAGGUACUAAAAAACAUACAAAAGCAAGACAACACUUAUUUAUUACGCAGUGUAAAUGGAGAAGGAACUUUUAUACAGUUUGAUCAUGAAAAUCCAAAUGAUGAAUGGUCUGCAAUGUUAACAUUUAAACCAAUCAAACCAUUCUUUAAAGAAAAAGCCAAUAUUAUUUUAUGGUAUACAAACAGUGCUAUUGAUACAGGCGAGUUUUACAGCACAAGUGGUGUUUUUGAAGGCAUCAUGGCAGGCAUAGAAUUUGAUGCCAAUUCAGUUGAAAUAAUACCAGCCUUGAUUGAUGGCAAUGAUUAUUCACAAUAUGAAGACUUUAUACUAAGAGAAACAUUGCCUAUGAAAAAUGUUACUGGUACUAUGAGCUUAAAACUUAUAUACACAAAAAAUAACUUAAAAGUAGAAAUUUAUAAGGAUGAUGAAUUAGUUUACGAUGCAUUGCGCUUCUACAAUACAGAUGUUUUAGGUGAUCUAGGCAAGGGCAAACAUUUCACUAUAACAAGCCAUUACGAUAAUGUUGACAACGACAAGCACUUUGUAUUGCAAAAAUUUAAUGUUUUUUCAAGAAAAGAACAUGAAACAUAUAGGCCUAGAAUGAAACUUAACAUCGAAUAUGACUCAGAUCAUGAAGUAGAAAAUACAAUUAGCCAUUUAGAUUACUUUAUGGCGUACUUUAAAUAUUUGAUGGGCGAGCCGCAAAAAUUUACAAUUGCCUCCGCCUUGAGACGAGUUAUUGAAGAUUUUAAAAGUGAGAAAUCCAAGAUAAAUGAACUAAAAGAGAUUAUUAAGGCACAGAAAAGUGUUAAUGUUGGUGAUCUUGGUGGCAAGAUAACAGACAUGAACAUCAAAUUGCCAGCCAUGAUUAGAACUGUUAAUGAGCUAAAAUAUUUUUUGAAAUAUUUUGAAAAAGAUCAUGACAAAAAUAGUAAGUAUGUUAUUAUAUCAAUGUUUUUCAUUGAAUUGAAUAAACACAUUUGUGUUUAG